AUGGGGGAUGGGGUGGUUGAUGACGUGGUUGAUGGGGUGGUUGAUGGCGUGGUUGAUGUUGUGGUUGAUGAUGUUGUAGUUGAUGGCGUGGUUGAUGGCGUGGUUGAUGACGUGGUUGAUGGCGUGGUUGAUGACGUGGUUGAUGGCGUGGUUGAUGACGUGAUUGAUGACGUGGUUGAUGAUGUGAUUGAUGACGUGGUUGAUGUUGUGGUUGAUGAUGUUGUGGUUGAUGACGUGAUUGAUGACGUGGUUGAUGGCGUGGAUGAUGACGUGAUUGAUGACGUGGUUGAUGAUGUGAUUGAUGACGUGGUUGAUGAUGUGAUUGAUGACGUGGUUGAUGAUGUGAUUGAUGGCGUGGUUGAUGUUGUGGUUGAUGGCGUAAUUGAUGAUGUUGUGGUUGAUGGCGUGGUUGAUGUGGUUGAUGUUGUUGAUGAUGUGGUUGAUGGCGUAAUUGAUGAUGUUGUGGUUGAUGGCGUGGUUGAUGAUGUUGUGGUUGAUGGCGUGGUUGAUGUGGUUAAUGAUGUGGUUGAUGGCGUAAUUGAUGAUGUUGUGGUUGAUGGCGUAACUGAUGAUGGCGUGGUUGAUGAUAUUUGGUUCAAAAAUAUUAUUACUAGUGUUGAUAAUAAUGAUUACAUUGCUAAUGGAUAA